AUGAUCAUAACAACAUGGAUUGUAUACGUUCUGGCCCGCAAAGGUGUAGGGUUCCCCUUCCCACCAAAAACCAGUUCUGACGUCGAAGUUGUGGAAAGUGAGGCUGUGUCUGUGGUGCAGCACUGGUUGAAAAAAACUGAAGAAGAGGCUUCCCAGGGCAUAAAGGAGAAGAUGUCCAGCAACUACGCUCCCACACAUGGCCAAGACGUACAUGUGACCAGAGAUGUGGUGAAGCACCGUCUCUCAAAGUCUGAUUUGUUAGCAGACCAGAGUCAAGAGGUCCUGGAGGAGAGAACUAGAAUCCAGUUCAUAAGAUGGAGCCAUACCCGUAUCUUCCAAGUUCCAAGUGAGGUGAGAGAGGAUGCUAUGCGGGAUCGGAUAGAGCAGGUGAGACGAAGGUAAGUCAUUUUGGACAGGGUGGUUCCUAGUCCUCACUGGGGGCAGUUGGGAUGGAAGAGCUUUGGGCUUCCCUGCUCAAGCCCAACUGUGUUCUUGUCAACAUUCUAAAGCAGAGAAAAGCAGUCACCAGGGCUGCUGCCUUUCUUCUGUGGGAGCUGUGACACCCCCCACCCCUCCAGCCUAUCUGAAGCCCUUCCAGGCUGACCUCUUUUCUGAAAGACUCUGCUCCCAGGCCCUGGUGGGUCAAGGGCCCAGUGUGGCUACCCACCCAACGCCCAAGCCCUGGCCAGCAUGCCCUGUGCAGGCUCUGGCACCCACAGCCCUACUCUCCUUGCUCCUCCCUUUUGUCCUCUGCAGCAUAUCGCACCUGACAGUUGAUUCGGCUCAUGACUCACACAUUGGA